AAAAGUUUUUAUUUACAUUGAGCAUUAAAAAUCCAAGAUCUAAAAUAAUUUAAAGGAAAGGAAACCCAGCCAUCUAAAAAAUGGGUGAACGCAAAGGUCAAAACAAAUACUAUCCGCCCGACUAUGACCCGAAGAAGGGCGGCCUCAACAAGUUCCAGGGCACCCACGCCCUUAGGGAACGCGCCCGAAAGAUUCACCUCGGGAUCAUCAUCAUCCGCUUCGAGAUGCCCUACAACAUCUGGUGCGAAGGAUGCAAGAACCACAUUGGCAUGGGUGUGCGCUACAAUGCGGAAAAGACCAAGGUGGGCAUGUACUACACCACGCCGGUCUUUAAGUUCCGAAUGAAGUGCCACUUGUGCGACAAUCACUUCGAGAUUCAGACGGAUCCCGGCAAUCUGGACUAUGUUAUACUCUCGGGGGCACGACGGCAGGAGAAUCGCUGGGAUCCGUUGCAGAACGAGCAGGUGGUGCCGGAAACCAAGGAGGUGCAGAAACGGCUCUUCGACGAUGCCAUGUACAAGCUGGAACACCAAGCCAAGGACGCCAAGGCAGGGGCAGAUGCCAAGCCAGUGCUCCAGAAGCUGAUGGAGCGCAAUAUGAGUGUCUGGGAUGACAGCUACGUGGCCAAUUGUCGCCUCCGUUCAGAGUUCCGUCAGCAAAAGAAAGAGAUCAAGGGGCAGCAGGAGCUGGAUCGCCAACUGCUGGCCAAGAGCAGUCUGGACAUUGCCCUGCUGCCGGAAACUAGUCAGGAUCGGGAAAUGGCCGCCCUGAUGAAGCUGCAGACCAGGUCCGCUCUGGAACGGGAAUCCGAGCAGCGGCUGGAGCUGCUCAUGCGUCCAGCGCUGCCGGGAGCAACAGCCACCACUUUUGGUGGCCUCAAGCGGCAGAAGGCACUAAACAGCCAUCUACAUUUAGAGGAUCUCGGCAUUCGGCGCAGAAAGUUGGAAGAAACCCAAGCCCAAAGCUCAAAUGAAAAACCCCUAAGCUUGGUGGGGGACUACUCCUCCUCAGAUAAUGACUCAAACAGCUGAAUUCACAAUGCAU